CAAAACAAACGUCCCAAAAAAAAGAAAGGAAUUAUGCAACGAUCACUAGCCAUGAACUUAGUGAAGAAGAAGCAAGUUAGAGAUAGAAUCAUGUCGCCGUACGACGUGUUCAUAAACCACCGGGGCACGGACACCAAGCGCACCGUGGCGACGCUGCUAUACGAUCACCUUUUCCGGCUUCAGAUCCGCCCGUUUCUCGACAACAAGAGCAUGAAGGCGGGGGACAAGCUAUUCGACAAGAUUGACAAGGCCAUAGGCGGGUGCAAGGUCGGCGUCGCCGUCUUCUCGCCGCGCUACUGCGACUCCUACUUUUGUUUGCACGAGCUCGCGCUCAUGAUGGACCUUAAAAGGAAGGUCAUCCCCAUCUUCUGCGACGUCAAGCCCUCGCAGCUCCGCCUCGUUGAUGACGGCACCAUGUCACGUGAGGAGGUGGCGAGGUUCGGCUCGGCCUUGGAGGAGGCCAAGCACACCGUCGGCCUCAACUUCGAUUCUCUUAAAGGUAACUGGUCGGACGUGGUGAAAAAUGCAGCAAACAUUGUGAUAGAGAGCCUCGCAGAAGUUGAAUACGACGAGCUCCUCCUUCGCAAUAACAAUCUCUCUAUUUACAAAACCCCAGCUUUUGGCACUCCAAAAUUUGCAUAAAUCCGGCCAUUUCAAAUUCAUUAUUUGUUUAUUCGUCUGCGCUUGUUCAAGGAAAUCUUCGAAUAACGUUCAAGUUAUUUCAUUCUUUCCAAAAUAAUGGAUUAAUUACCGAUCCUCUAGUUCAAUUUGUUAUAGGUUAACUAUGAAAUUUAUCGUUAUUUCAUUUAUUCUAA